AUGAACGGAGAUUAAUUUGAGAUUUCUGAUGUUGAUGAAGACCCAUUUUUCAAUACAUUAUAGCAAAGAAAAGCAGCUAAUGCAUUCAUAUUCUCUUAAGAUUUCUCAGUAUCAAACAAAAUAUUUGAAUUCACCACUUUAUAGAAAGAUAAGCUACCUCCUAUUAAUGGUUUUGCUUUCAAUUCAGGUUUUGAAGAUUACUAAGAUGAUGCAGAUGCUAUAAAUAGACGAUCUAUGUAGAUUAAAAGUGGUAGAUAAAAUCUAUUCGAGUCGAAUGAAGAAGUGAAGAUGAUUGAUUAUUAAUCAUACUAAGAUAAUUAUGACACUAAUGAUGCUUUGAAUUUCCCUAAUUCAAUGAAAGCUAGGCAAGGUAAAAAUUAGAACGGGGAAAGGAGAUCUUUAAAAAAGAUAAAUAGGGACAGUAAUAGCCUUUCAUUAGAAAGAGGGGGUAUUAGAUUGAAAGGUACUGGAAAAUAAAAUGAUCCAUUUAUGUAAACAUAAAGUAUCAUGAGGGGAUCGAUGAUGAGUAAUACUAGUAGCAAUACUAAUGAACUACCUCCAUUCGAAGUCGUUGAAGAUAUACCUCCAGUUCAGUAUUCUGAAUAAGAGCCAGAACAAUUAGGCCGAACAUCAACUAAGAGAAAGUUAAAAGUAUUAGUAAGCAAGGAGAUACUUCGUGAAGCAGAAAGACAGGGUAAAACAGUAUCAUAGUUGGUUAAAGAGCUAAAGAAAUAGGGAGACGCUUUACACAUUGAGACAAAAUAUGAAGAUAGUAAUGUGACAGGAGAAAGUAGACAAUCAAUAAGAAAGUCAGUAGUCUCAGAUUCACUUAAGCCUAAUAUGCAAAUUCUUGGACGAAGAUCAACUAUAAUCAAAUUUAAAAUCAGUAUUUUAAGUAACGGCAGCAGAAAAAGGAAAAUGAAGGUGGAGUCCUUUAAUGAAGAUAACAAUUAAGACUCGAGCUAACUGAUGAGUAAAAACUCGGAUAAGGGAUUUUACAGCAGUAAGUUCAACCAAGGUAAAUCUAAAAAGCCGAAGAGAACAAGUUUUCUCAGUUUCCAAAAUGAUGGAUCAAAGGAAAAUUUUACUGACACUAGAUAUAAAAAGUAAGAUCCCUUAUACUUUGGCGUCCAUUUGUAAUUCCUCUGCUAAUAGCAGCUAUGGGACCUGCAACGCUUCUUCCAAUUUAUACUUUCAAUUUUGAGCUAUGCUAUGAUCGGAAUAAGAUAAUAGGAUUGUCAAAGAGUUGGCCUCUGCAAGUGA